CGCAUGGCUCGUCGAAUUCGAUUGAAAUCUGACAGAAUGCUGUGGGGAAGAUGCGUCUUCUAGUUCUCGUCCUCGCGGGAUGCUUGAACGUUCUCGAAAUAACUCGUUGUCAAGAGCUUUCGGUCAUCCGACACACCGAUGGAGAUAUUUUCACCUUGGAAGGAUCGUGCACGGAAGCUUGCACGGUACUCAGCAGCGGCACGGCCAGCCCUUACUCUCGUAGCCCUGCGACAGCAGGACUAGUUCCCCUUAACAACACUUGCACCUGUCAGUGCAACUACGGCCUUUCUACUUUCCGGGAAGAUCUUCAUAUCUGCGUGAGUGAUAUCCAUGAGUGCAACGUCGCGGGUUUCGUGAGCAACACAGGUCAAGUGGAAAGGGUACCGUACGUGUUCUUGCCUCAACGUGGCCAAAUCAUCUAUCCUCAUGCGGAGAUUCGCUUCGAAGGUGUGACGACUCCGGUCUGCGGAAUCACUGGCGCGCAGCAAUUAGGCCGAGCGGGAUGGUCGGAUUUAAGGAACCUUUCCAACACCGAGCUACCGUUCAGACUGUUUCGUGACGAAGGAAGGACGUUUCUACAGUGGAUCGGCGAAGCUGGCCUGAAGGAAGCCGCCGAAGGUCGUGUGGUUACGGCGAAAUUGGUCUGCAGAGACGCCUCGGCAAAAUCCAAGUAUCCCGGUGUGUUUGCGCCGUGCGUUGCGUUCAGAGUGGCCGGUUCACCCUCCAAAAGCAGCGUUCGAGAAGUGAUGUUCUCAUCAACGUCGCAACUCUCUCGGGGGCUGUCUACCACGGAAUAUACGGCCAUCGGUCUCUCGUCCGUGAUCUUGGCCCUGAUCUACGUCGCGAGCGUGUCACUCUACCUCCAUAGCAAGAAGACCAAGAGGAAGAUCCUCGAAGAAGAGCCGGAAAUAAGCCUAACACCUGGCCGAGAACCGAGUGGAUUGAUCAAGAGUAACCCGUUGCUCGCCGCUUCGAGACACUUCGAGAGCGACACGAACAGUGGCCUAACGGAAAGCGAUCUCGGCGACGAUCUUCCGGCUAGCGACGGUGAACAAGGUUUCGAAAAUGUAACGGCGGCGAUCGUUCAUCCCCACUGCCUUUAUUUGGAACAGUCGGAACUUUGUUUCGGGUCCGGGUCGAUUCUGGGCGAAAGAUUACCGGAAGAGGAUGUUCGAGUCGUGGAAACCGCGGACAAUCACCACGGGCAGGAUAUCCCGGUAUUGCCCGGCGUUCAAAGGAGAAAGUUAUACUUCAAUCCUGCCUACUUCGAUAGGCAACUGUUGUUGGCUCCGCCUCCGGCAGCGAUCGAGUUCCUCCUCAAGAUCCGGGAGGUGAUCUCUAUCGCGAAACACAAAAUGGUCGCCAAGAGAUUCGUCCCUACCCUCAUCGGUAUACCGGAAGAGGAGAACGGUUCGGAGCGGUGCGACUCGACGGGCAAGAAUCGGCAACGAUCGUCCUCGAGUUCGGUUCACGGGUCGAUCGCGAAAUCACGGAAGUCUCAGCGAUGCACCGGAUGCCCCGGCUGCACCGAUUCUUUCGGAAACACGUCUGCCCUGCCGGAAACCGAUCAGCCGAAUCCCGGCGAGAGCAAGGUCAGAGCGUGGUUGGAAGACGUCAGUGCGCCACCGCAACGACGCUGGCGUGACGCGGAAGAUACUCGACGGGCCUACCACGAGUCAGUUUCCCCAGCAGCCACGUUCCCCAACAACGUCGAGCACUCGAAGGAACUGAACAAACGCGACGACUUCGAUCCGAUCGUGGGAGAUGUAACUGGGAAAACGUUGGCCUCGUGGAAGGAUAGAUUACCGAUAUCGAAAGGCUUCCAGAACGGCGGGACAAGAAGCGAGAUUCUCGAGAGCAACGAUCGACGCAGUCACUCCGUUCGGUCCGCCAAGUCUAUGUUCGACGAGUUUCGUUACUGCGCCCGACGAAACGAAGACGCCACGAGCGCAUUCAAUGGCGAUGAGACGAUAAACGCAAAAGUGAGGAGAACUAUCGAGAACUCGUUCAUCGAACAAAUGGAGGAAAACGCUGUUGUGGAGAAGGAAACUGCCGAGAAACGACGGAGCAAAGAAACGAACAACGUUGCCGCGCCCGAGCUCAAGGAGACCAAGAAAUCGACGAAGACAACAACCGAAGAGAAUUCGUCGCGAGGACGAGCAAAGACAACAUCGACCCCAGAAAAUUCAAGCCCAACGAAGAAUCCAACGAAGAAUCCAACGAAGAACUCAACGAAAAAGGAGCUGCCGGACAUGAUCAACGAGCUCCCCAACGGGAAGAAUACAGCGAAACGUAUCAUGGAUGCUGUGAUCCGCGAGAUGCUCGAUGCGAAGGUACUCGAACAUCACUCGAGAUCGGCAAAUGCGACGGACUACGAGAUGGACAGUUUAGAACGGUCCAAGACCAGUCGAAAAUCCUCAACUUCGCCGGAAUCCACCGAUCAGUCGAGUCCUGCUCUCUCCACCGCUCUGCCGAUGGACGAAGAAUUGACGAUGCAGAACGCCGUGAUCGAUACUAAAACAGGCGAAAUGAUGAUAAUGGUGCCCAAUUUGAACAAAGACGUGCUCGAGAGAAAUUAUUAUAACACUCUGCCGGAGCUGAUCUCCUCGCAAAGAUUCGAGAGCUAUUCUUUGGUUAGCGAGGUCUACGUGAACGACGGCUACGACAGCCCGGCCUGCAGCGAGGAGUCCGGUCCCGAAAUUCAGUACGAACCGGAAAACCCUGGUCAUUUGACCAUUAAAGUGCAAGAUUCCCCGGAGAAUUACGUGAAACAAGACGAAUCGGAAUACGAGCCCGAUACGCUCGACCGAAAACCGAUGAAGUUGAAGAUCAACGACGACGUGAACUACGAAAAGGAUGUUCCGAACGAGGUGUACGUAGACUCUCUCGAAAGGCCUGCUCAAAUAUUGCUGAAAAGCAAAGGCAGUUUUCGUGAUCAAGACUCCGCGAAAAACGACUCCUGUUCGCAACGCGGUUACGGUAGCCUUCGCGAGAUCUACGAAGCCAGACUGAAAUCCAAUGCAGUUGAUUCCAAUUCGAUCAGUUGUAUCGAGUCGUCGUCGACAACGACGAAUAACCAGUUAGACAACACUGUGCCCUGGAAGAAGAUCAAAUGCCUGACGCCCGGCACGAGACAAGCAAAGAGGCAACGUCAACCGAACAACCAUCCGGACGUGGUACCGUUACCGCCUACGGAAGAGAUCUAUCAGCAUCCAAAACCACCGCGGCGUGUUAACGAUGCGAUGCAAUCGUCGAACUCGUCUCUGUCAAAAAACGUCUGGGACGGGAGUCCUGCCGAAGCGGGUGACCCUACGACCAGCGACGGUACUCCUGUCCCCAGUGACCAUGUCAAUGUAGGGACUACCGACUCUGGCGUCUUGAAGCUUCCGGUACGAUCCGAAGAAGCACUAACGAUCGAGUGUAAACACCAGUCAUCGGCGGAUGCGUCGAAAAAGAAUUUUCACCAAGUAGCGUCGCAGUUUCGAAGGAAUUCCGGAAAUUGUAUUGAGCAGCAGUUUCCCGUCUGUUGGAACAACGCUCGCUGUCCGAGAGGCAGGAACAGGUCUCUGGAUGACUGUCAUCUACGCGCGUCUAGUGUGAAAGAUACGAUGUUUGACGACUCCCGGCCAGGUGGACAAAGAAGAAACGAAGAGGCGGCGGUGCCGCAAUCUUGCCAUCGUAAACAUUCGAAUAGACUUUCGAAGAGUUGCGAGUCGACAAACUAUACGGGUCGUUUACCCGUCAAUCGUCGGCCGCAGAUGAAAGUCGAAGACAGCGGAUACCUGAGCAGCACAGACAGCAACGGCUCGCACAAACGUUUGCUUAGACACGAAGCGAGCAGCGUCUCGGAAACAGACGAGACCGAAUCCGUCUGCGACGGUGCCAGCGAGAGCGGUGCUGAGAGCGUAGGCACAGAUAGCGUGUUCUUUGGAAACUUUCGCAGUUUCCCGGAGUUCUCGGGCUUCUCGAGGAGUCUAAACUCCGGUGUUGAAGCCAGCUCGAACAAGCGAAACGAAAACGUGGCUUUCGAGAGGACAAACUUUAGUACCAGCGAUAGCGAGACUGAGAGUUUCGUCACCGUUCUUCCACCGCGAGAAUCAACCAGGAAGCCAAUUUAG